UAUCAGUGGGUCAAUGUUGGAACGUAUUGAUCCAUUAAGCAGCAUUGGAUCCUGGGGCAAGGUGGCAAGUCGGCUGCGGAUAGUUUCGCGGGGCAUUUUGCUGAUAUCUUCAUUGUCGAUUAGGAUGGCCUCGUGCUGGAUCUUGUUGAGGCGGAGGUUGAUUAUGAGGGAGCUUUCCCCAGCCCAUUACUCCCUCGCCUUUGCAAACUUGAACUACAUGCUCGCAAUUAUUGGCCAGAUAUUGAACAAGAAGAGGCUGCCCGCAAGAUCUGAGAUCUAAUUAGCAACCUCAAAG